CCUGGCAGAACAAGGGUUUCCAUCAGCAGUGCUGUUUCCUGCCUGAUCAGUAUGGAUGCAGUGUGACAUCACAAUUCAGCCAGCAAAGGAUGGAAUAAUGAGGAGGAGGGGAGGCAGCACACAGAGUGUGUGAGUGCGUCUGGAGGCAGCCACGCACCAAGCUCUGCAGUCAGAAUACAGCAGCCCGGGAGCCUGGUCCCCACGCUUUGACACAGCCCUGUAUGACUGUCACCAAGAUGUCGUGGCGCCCGCAGUAUCGCAGCUCUAAAUUCAGGAAUGUGUACGGCAAGGUUGCGAGUCGAGAGAACUGCUAUGAAUGCAUACCCAUCACCAAGAACGUGCAUGACAACUCUUUCUGCGCCGUCAACUCCAAGUUCCUCGCCAUUGUCACUGAAAGUGCGGGAGGAGGCGCGUUUCUGGUCAUUCCCCUCCAUCAGACUGGACGCAUUGAGCCCAACCACCCCAAGGUGUGCGGGCACCAGGGCACAGUGCUGGAUGUUAAGUGGAACCCGUUCAUUGAGAAUAUCAUCGCCUCCUGCUCCGAGGACACGUCGGUGCGGAUAUGGGAAAUCCCGAAUGAGGGGCUGAAGAAGAACAUGACGGAAGCCGUGCUGGAACUGUAUGGACACAGUAGAAGAGUGGGGAUCAUAGAGUGGCACCCUACUGCCAACAACAUAUUGUUCAGUUCAGGCUAUGACUACAAGAUACUGAUCUGGAAUCUGGAUGAUGGGGAAGCAGUGAAGAUGAUAGACUGUCACACGGAUGUCAUCCUCUGCAUGUCCUUCAACACAGACGGGAGUCUACUGGCCACCACCUGCAAAGAUAAGAAGUUGCGUGUGCUGGAACCUCGCUCAGGGAGAGUGCUGCAGGCAGCAACUUGUAAAAACCACAAAAUGACUCGAGUUGUUUUCCUGGGAAACAUGAAGCGCCUACUUACAACAGGAGUCUCUAAGUGGAAUACGAGGCAGAUCGCAUUGUGGGAUCAGGAGGAUUUGUCCAUGCCGCUGAUAGAAGAGGAGAUCGAUGGGCUCUCAGGGAUGCUCUUCCCGUUCUAUGAUACGGACACACACAUGCUGUACCUGGCUGGAAAGGGAGACGGGAACAUCCGAUAUUAUGAAAUCACAGUGGAAAAGCCAUUCCUGACGUACCUCAUGGAAUUCCGAUCGGCGGCUCCCCAGAAAGGACUCGGAGUUAUGCCAAAGCACGGGUUGGAUGUGUCGGCGUGUGAGAUUUUUCGCUUUUACAAGCUCAUCACCCUAAAGAAUCUCAUAGAGCCAAUAUCCAUGAUAGUUCCUAGAAAGUCAGAAACCUACCAGGAGGAUAUUUACCCCAUGACCCCGGGUACCGAGCCAGCCAUGGGUGCUAUAGAGUGGCUGAGUGGCACCAACAAAGACCCCGUUCUGACGAGCCUGAAGGAGGGGUACCGCAAGGAGUCAAAGGCCACGUUCAAAGCCCCAGUGAGAGACAAGAAGAGUAUGGUAGUAACCAGCAUCGAUUUACUAGAGAACGUGCCGCCUCGCACUGAGAAUGAACUUCUGCGCAUGUUCUACCGGCAGCAGGAUGAGAUCCGACGUCUGAAGGAGCACCUGGCUCAGAGGGACCUCUACGUCCGACAGCUGGAACUGGAGCUCAGAAACCUAAAGAAUAAUCAUAAAGAAAGCUAGCUGUCCUUGGAACCCCCCCACCAUGGUGGCCAUCUGUUGUCACAGGAAGAGAUGACUUACCCAUGUACCUGAUCUUGUGGGGGUUAUAGACUAACUGGCCCUAGUGCCCGUCAUAGGCACCUGGCAAUGUGUAUUGAUCUGCACUAAUUAUUCAAACCAUCAUGUAUCCAAGAAGGGUCACGCGUACAUGUAAAUGCAACUAACUCCUCAAGUACUUCAAAAACCCAGGGCUCAGCCAAGACCAAACCCCAGGGCUCAGCCAAGGCCAAACCCCAGGGCUCAGCCAAGGCCAAAACCCAGGGCUCAGCCAAGGCCAAAACCCAGGGCUCAGCCAAGGCCAAAACCCAGGGCUCAGCCAAGGCCAAAACCCAGGGCUCAGCCAAGGCCAAAACCCAGGGCUCAGCCAAGACCAAACCCCAGGGCUCAGCCACGGUCAAAACCCAGGGCUCAGCCACGGUCAAAACCCAGGGCUCAGCCAAGGUCAAAACCCAGGGCUCAGCCAAGGUCAAAACCCAGGGCUCAGCCAAGACCAAACCCCAGGGCUCAGCCAAGGUCAAACCCCAGGGCUCAGCCAAGGUCAAAACCCAGGGCUCAGCCAAGGUCAAAACCCAAGGCUCAGCCAAGGUCAAAACCCAAGGCUCAGCCAAGGCCAAAACCCAGGGCUCAGCCAAGGCCAAAAUCCAGGGUUUAACCAAGGCCAAAUCCAGGGUUUAACCAAGGCCAAAACCCAGGGCUCAGCCAAGGCCAAAACCCAGGGCUCAGCCAAGGCCAAAACCCAGGGCUCAGCCAAGGCCAAAACCCAGGGCUCAGCCAAGGCCAAAACCCAUGGCUUAGCUAAGGCAAAACCCAGGGCUUAGCCAAGGCAAAACCCAGGGCUUAGCCAAGGCAAAACCCAGGGUUUAGCCAAGGCAAAACCCAGGGCUCAGCCAAGACCAAAACCCAGGGCUCAGCCAAGGCCAAAACCCAGGGCUCAGCCAAGGCCAAAACCCAGGGCUCAGCCAAGGCCAAAACCCAGGGCUCAGCCAAGGCCAAAACCUAGGGCUUAGCCAAGGCCAACACUAUUAGGCCCAGCUGGUUUCCAAUGGGUCAUGAUAAAUUCUUAGUUCUGAGCCUUACAUGAUGAAAUCUUGGGGUGGGGGGGGGGGGGGGAGAUGGGUUUGUAAAAGAUGUCCCUCAGGAUUUAGGCUGGUUAUACACACAUAUUUCUUUUUUUUUACAAAUUCACUAUUUAUUUGCACUUACACAACACCAUGUAUUAAUGCUUCGUAGGGAUACCAGGCGACGCAAGGAACACACGAGGGUCUUUUUGUUGGAAUGAUUGGAUGUGUAUGACUAGCUUUAUAUUCUGCUUCACCUGCCUUCAAGGAACUUUAAAGGGUUAAUAAAGGAAAAACAUUUUUUUCUUUUAAA